CUCGGACUCGUCGCAGUACGCGUAUUUAGCUGCGUGCGCAUCUUGAGAGAGAGAGAGAGAGAGAUCAAGCAUGCGCUGUAGAGGCAAAGUAAAGAGCGGUGGCUCACUGGCUAGGGAGGAUGUAUAAGAAUAAGAGAAAGCGAGAGAUACAGGGGGGGAGAGGUGAACUUACUGAAACUUACCGACGGCGCUUGUGUUGUCCAUCGUCCGCAACACAUUCAUCGGUGACACUGCAUCGUUGCAUGUUGUUUACAUUUUUUUGUUUACAAGCAUAUUGCUUGACACUUAUGAUUAAACAAUUCACUUGUUUUGUCAGAAUUCGACUAAGUUUCUGAAAAUGCCCAAACAUGUGACAAAAAGACCAAAAGUGAGCUUUGCGGUAGAUACAAAUGAUAAAUCUGCUGAUCUCAUGGAAAAAAAUGAAACUUUAAUCGAGCCAUUACUUCCAUAUAAAUCAAUUCUUCCAGAAGAAUGCUUGAUGAAUAUAUUUUUCUAUACUGAGGCUCGAACUUUAUUAAAAUGUCAGUUAGUUUGUAGAGAAUGGAAUCAGAUGAUCAAAAAUUCAGUAUGGAAGAAAAAAGCAGAGAGAAAAGUUAUGAAAAAAUUUUCGUUUGACAAACAUUACAACUGGCACAAUUAUUUCUUUGUAUGCAAUAAUGUGCCAUUUUAUACAAAUCUACUAAAAAAUCCUACUGGCCAGUUAAAUUUUAAAUACUGGGAUAUAACAGAAGAAGGAAUAGAACCUCAUUGGACUUAUGAGUAUCUUGGUUACGCUGAUAGACCUCAAAAAGAUAUAUCUUAUUGUUUUACAUUGUUAUCUUCAAGAAAAUGUUACAUGGAACAGACAAUUCUUCUGAAAAAUGAAGGAUUCACAGAAUAUGUGCUAGACUAUUUACAACCCACAAUAAAGUUCACUGAAUGGUACAUGUCUGAAGAUGAAACAGCUAUGUAUGAAAACUGCAUUAAAUUGUUAAGAGAUCAGAGGUCAGAUCGAACUGCUAUAGAACUACUGAAUUAUAGGAAAGUAAUUCGUAGUGACCAAAUGCAACGAUGGUACAAAUUUACUCAUGAAUUCAAAAACUAUGGAAAGGGUGUAAGAAAAAUUAAAUUUUGCCGUGGUUUCAAAGAAAGGCCACUAGUAGGUGGUUGUGUGAAAAUGGCCGGAGCUUGUAUUGAAUUUAUAUUAGAAAAAUGAAUUUUUUAAGAUUGUUGUGAUAUUGCUCAAAAGUAUUUUUGUAAAUAAUCGA